UCGCAACAUCUCCCUCCCCCGCUUUCCCUCUCCUCCUCUUGACUGUGAGCUCAGUUCCUGCCUCCCUAGCACUUUUUUUACGGGUGCUGGUGACUUGGUGAGGGUGGGGAUCUUCAAGUCUUCACCGCUAGGAGCCGCGCCUCAAGCUCUUAAAAGGGUAUCCGCCCCCUUGCUGCCCCCGGGGAGGAGAGAACGCCCGCCUAGCUCGCAGCCCCCAGCGGGACUGAUAACCUGCCCAGCUCGAAGCCUCCGGGAAGACUGCGCAGCCGCCCAUUUUACAGUCAGCCCCGGGAGGAUCGCGCCACAGCAUGUCUUCCAGCUCCAACCUUAGCACCAUGCAGCGCCUGGUGGAGCAGCUGAAAUUGGAGGCGGGGGUGGAGAGGAUCAAGGUCUCUCAGGCUGCUGCAGAACUCCAGCAGUAUUGCAUGCAGAAUGCUUGCAAAGAUGCUCUGCUAGUAGGAGUUCCAGCAGGGAGCAAUCCCUUCCGAGAGCCCCGGUCCUGUGUUUUACUAUGAUGACAGGAAGAAGUUCACUGAGGAGUUACCUUCAAGCAUGCAGUGAUUAACAGCUGCUUCUGAGUCUUAAGAAAAUAUUUUUUUUUGUGGCCAAACAAUUUUUAGAUAUUUGAGACCUUUCCAUUACCAGCCCCUGCAGCCAAAUGCCUUAAGGAAUAAUGGAAGUUUCUAGAUACAUAAAGGAGUAGACCCACAUGUAAUAAUUUACUUGCUUUUUUUGGGGGGUAAUUCUUGUAAAAUGUUCUGUCCUUUAAAACAUUCCACUUCCAACAAAACUACCCACCUCUCAUAACUCAGUUAUUACUGUUUCUGUAUUUUUAACUGCCUGUUUUUACUUAAGUGGCUACAUUUUAGCGAAGAAAAACAUUUUCUUUUACCAAAAAAUUACUUUCAUUGUAACUUGUGCCUAAAGGUUUUUAUUUUCCAGUAAGUAUUUUUCUCCCUCUUUAGAAUUUGCAUUUUCUAAGGGAACACACCCAAGUGCAGAUUACUGGCUUUACUAAUCAAGCAGUGUCUUGGUUUUUCUAAAGCAGAAGAUAAAAUAUUUUAUUUUUAACACUAAAAACUGGAGCUAUUUUAAAUAAGCAGUUUGUUUGAAAGACCAAUAUUGUUAUAUUAAAUUGCUUCAUUUAGAUAUAAUUGAAA